AAUCUUAAGGAUUUUUACAAAUGGGUGAUUACAAAAGCAAUUUUCUCUUAAUAAUUGAAAAUCUAAUUUUUUCAGUUGAAUUUUUUGAAUAAUGGUGAAAUAAGGAUAAUGCAAUUAAUUUCAUGGUUUAGUGAAAGUGUAUUGUAACAAGAAGAUUUAUUUCUGUUGUUUCCGUGUUCAUCAGAUGACUUGACGGUUACUUUUUGUUACGGGAAUCCAGAGGAUAAUCGAUUGCAGAAAUGAAGAAGGCACGGGUUAGAUGGAAUGAAGCUAAUCUUGAGGAGAUUGAAGCAAAUAAACCUGUAAGGCAAAAAAUUACUGAACCAAAGACGCCAUAUCACCGUCAUUUGAUUGACGAUGAUGUAUCAUUAUCCCCUAGAAGAGGAAGUUUCGAGGAUGGCCAUGAUAAUGAACUGGACGCAGAUGCUAUAUGUCCAGCAUUGACUGAUGUAGCUUCCUCUAGCAACAAUAAUCCACGUAGCUCAGGCUGGACGUCAUCUGAAGAUGAGGAAGACAUCAUGGAUCAGGAUGAUGAAGAUUCCGAUUCUGAGAGGUCCCGGAACUUCAAGGAGCAUAGGAGAGCCCAUUAUGAUGAAUUUCAGAAAGUUAAAGAACUUCGUCAAAAGCACUCCUUUCUCGAAGCCGACUCUAAUGGGGAGGUCGAGGACUGUGAAAAUGACAGAAGUUGCGAUACAUUGCCGUUGUCAACUGCUGGAGUCAAAGACAUGAAGAAUGUGGAACCCUCGAUGAGGUUAAGGCUCCUUACAAACAACAUUAACUGUCUCUUGAUCAUUUUCGUUGCAGUUUUGUUGUAUUACAUUAUAAUGGUAAUCUGAUUUGGAGCUUUUUUAACAUUAAGUUUGAAGAAUUUGCUACAACGUACAAAUUUGUAUUUCUUAAUUAUUUUAAGUUACAUUUUUACAUUUUUCUUCGUCA